AUGAGAUUAAAUAUUCUAUCUACUCUACUAUUAUUGGGUGCUAUUGACAAGGUGGUUGCCAGAAGGGUACUAAACCUCGAUUCUUUGGAUGUAUCUGAUUCUGAUUCUAAGAACGAGAAGAGAGAACCUAAGAGACUACCUUUAGAUAUUGAAGGCAUCAUGGCUGGACAUGAUGAAGCCAUGGAUAAAAGGGAUGCUAGACGUAUCGGCUUGAACGUAGACGGACUGUCAGAUUCUGAGCUUAGGCUUAGGAAAAGAGACCUGAGAAGACCACAGUUUGUGCUCGACAUUACCCAGGGGAAAGUGGAAGAAAGAGUGAAUUUAGAUUCUAGGCUUGCUAUAUUGCAAGAUAUCAGUUUAUUCUCCGAGUAUGGCCGUGAUGUCACCGAGGUUGUAGCCCAAUGGGAGGACAGAUCGCAAGAGUUAAUCGUCAUUGCACCAACGAACGAUGCCAUUUCAAAACUUUCGAUGAAACCUUGGCAGUUCCCAAAUAAUAUCGAUGCCAUGGAACAAUCGAAUGCAGAACCAAAACAAAUCGACGAUGCUAUAAAAGAGAAUGUAGCACACUUUGUGAAAUCUCAUAUAGUGGCACAUUCUGAUGAUUUCGAUUUGGAAUCAGACGAAAUCUGGUUACAUAGCGAGGCAGACACCUCUGAAAAGGGUGACAUUGUGUUGAAAAGACAGAAUAACGAAUAUUUCGUUGCGUCAGCUUCAAACAUGGACUUCAAACUAGUUAAAACAGUGGACGUGGCAGCAAAUGGUGUCAUUUUGAUAAUUGAUUCUAGUCUAAUUACACCUUAA